CCAGUAAUAGACGACUUUAAAAAGUAGUCCCUUAGAGGCGUCCAAUCCGUUUCACGUCGCUCGUGCAGUAACUUUUAAGUAGUUUUAAAGGGUCGAAGACGGAUUAAACACAGGAGGAUAGACUGACAUACGCCCUCAGAUGUCCCUGGGAAUGAAUUGGUCGGAGGAGCUUGCGAGGGAAGUGCAAAGAUACUCGUUGAAAAUCAUCAAAUCGACGUCUUCUGUGACGGAGUCAUGCUAUCGUCCAAUUCGCACUGGUUGAGAUGUGCCAUUCCUGUGUUCAUUGCUUCUUACGUUUCACUUGGUGGAAGCGUCCAGGUGUCUAGAGCAAAUACAGAAUGCACGAAACAUCUUUCUGCUACGGGAAUAGACAGCGGAGAUGUCUCCAUCGAUGGAGGAAACGUCACCUUCAAGUAUUACGUGAAGAAGGAUGACCUACUCAGUCCAGAAAACGACCUGUACACACUUCACUGGGACGAGGGCAUCGUGCCUCUCUAUAAGACUCAAGACUUGAGGUUCUCCAAAUUCUUCGAUGUCAAUGAGAGAAAUCAGUCUUUGAAAAUUACUCUCAAGAAAUCUUCUUUGGUGAAGCGGACCUUUUCUAGAAAGUUGAGAGCAGUUGAAUCCAGGCGUGUCUUUGGCGUGUCUUUGGACUCUGCAAAUUGCACGGUCGUCUUACGACAUUAUUUCUUUUGUUUGUCUGAGAAAUCCAACCCAGCUAGCCUCCAAGGAAAUUUUGUUCUGAAGGGCAACGCCACAGAAGCUUGUAAUACCACAGAGUGGACUCGCCCUGCUUCUGAUGGGCGACCAAGAUCGUCGGACCAGCCCAUCCAAGAAGUGUUACUAAAUUUUAGCGAACACACGGACGACUCAACUACAUCUGCACCUAUUACGACAACUGAGGGUGGCGGCGAUGUUGAUGAUAGCCUUCAAAUCACAGUUGGCAUUGUGGGGGGCGUUCUUGCUCUCGUGUUCUUCGUUGGCAUCGGAAUAGGAUUAUAUUACAAUUACAAAAGAGGCGUUAGGCUCGGCUUCUUCCAGCAGCGGCCGAAGGAAGUGAAAACUAUUAGUACUCUGGGGUCCAUUUAUCCAAACAUCGGCAUGAGUGCUUCAGAAAUAAGGGAAAAGGUGCAGGACCCAGAGGACCCAGCCACCAUUUCGCCCUAUCCGAAUUAUGCCUAUGCAAAUCCUGCUGCAACGGAACCAGUUCCUGUGAAUCACAGACUCAUUUAAUUGCAGCAUUUUUUACCACAGUGUUGUGCUCUUGAUGCGGAUGCAGAUGCGGAUGUUUGAUGACCAUACCCUCUUGGAUGCGGAUGUGGAUGUGGAUGCAGAUACUCUGGUAAUCAAAAUAAUUAAGAUAUAUUUAAUUGAUAACGACGAUUUUCAGUCACAUGAUUCACAAUUGUGUGAUGCCACAUUAUAUUUGAUAUCCUAAUUGAAAAUAGAAACAUAAGUGAUACUCAUGCAUGUGGGUGUCUAUACUUUCAUAUGAAUGUACAAACUGUAACAGCGACAUACAAACGUUUUAGUUGGCUUGACUCAAGGUUAUUUCAUGCUCAUUGCAUGUUAAGGGUAACAAAACUCAAAGCCAUUCUUCGCAUUAGAGAGAGAGAGAGAGAGAGAGAGAGAGAGAGAGAGAGAGAGAGAGAGAGAGAGAGAGAGAGAGAGAGAGA